CUGUAUUUUAAGGAACAAACAAAGCAGUCGUUAAAGCAUAGACCAACUCGUUGGAUCCCGGAGCUCAAAUGCCGCACCCACCUUUAUUCCCAUAUUGACUCGUCUGUAUCCCACCCUCAAACACCGGAUUUACCAAUAUUAAGACAAGAAAUCUGCUAUAAGUACCAGUCAAAAACAGAUUGAAGAAACCCAGAUCUACAAAACAGGGUUCUGAAACUUCUUUGGUGUUUGAAGAUGGCUGAAGGAUAUCACAGAUUCAUGGAUAAAAUCCUUGAUUAUGCACCAAAUUCCACGCAGGUUUUGGGUGCCGCAGCCCUGGUCACAACUGGGGCAAUUUUGUUGUUUUUCACAGGGCUAGCCACACUGGUUUUGGCCCCUGUUUUGAUACUUUUAAGCCCUGUAUUGAUCCCUGCAGGAGCCCUGCUUUUUGUGACUGUUGCAGGGAUUUUUUCUGCUGGGUGUUUUGCACUGGCAGCGUUUUUGGGGGUUUCAUGGUUUUAUAACUAUUUGAAUGGCAGACAUCCUCCUGGUUCUGAUCAGGUGGAUUAUGCGCGCAUGAGGAUUGCUCAUACUGCAAGCCAUGUGAAGGACUAUGCGAAGGGAUAUGGUGGGUAUUUGCAGGGCAAAAGACAGGAUGCUGCGCCAGGAGCUUAACUGUAUUUUCUUUGUUUCUGUUCCUGAAACCCCUGUUUUCCUUGUUUAUAAAGGAUGUUUUUGAUCAGUGCAGAGAUGUUUUGUGAAUAAAUAAUGCAUGUUCUUUUAAGUUAGGGUAUCUUUUUUAUUGGUUUCAAUAAUAUCUCUGUAUAUUGUGGCCAUCAGAAAGACAUGUUUGGAUGUUCAAUGCCAGUGGGGCAAGUGAUGAUAUGGUAUUAUCUGUGAAGUCUGUUGAAAAACUACAGUGGCUACCGUAUCAAAUUCCGAUGAAUAAAAUGGCUUUAUCUAAAA